UAAUACAGAUUAGAAAGGUGCACUCAACAUUUGUAAAGGCAAGGUCGUGUCGUGUCCGCAGUUGCGGGGUGUACUACUUUGGGCAAAAUGAUGUCCAUAGCCGCUCGUCCCGGGGUUCUUUCCCCGUACUUGCAGGCAACAAAACACACAGUUAAAAGCCUGGCGUUCCCCGGAGUUAAGGAGUUGCUGCCUGCUGCUGCUCCUGCAGGAAUCCGUCUUGCCCACACAGAUAUUAAGAUUCCUGACUUUACAGACUACCGCCGCCCCGAGGUCACCGACCCCAACAAGUCCUCCCAGGAGAGCAGUGAGGCAAGAAGGGUGUUCUCUUACCUUGUCACAGGUGCAAGCUCUGUGGUUGGCGUCUACGCAGCCAAGACAGUGGUCAGCCAGUUUGUCUCCUCAAUGAGUGCAUCAGCAGAUGUCCUGGCCUUAUCUAAGAUUGAGAUCAAGCUCGCUGACAUCCCUGAAGGCAAAAACAUGACCUUCAAGUGGAGAGGAAAGCCCCUGUUUGUCCGUCACCGCACAGAGAAGGAAAUCGCCACAGAGGCGUCUGUGAAUUUGGGGGAGCUCCGUGAUCCCCAGCAUGACAAGGACAGAGUCAUUGACCCCAACUGGGUCAUCGUCCUUGGUGUUUGCACCCAUCUGGGUUGUGUGCCCAUUGCAAACGCCGGAGAAUAUGGAGGCUACUACUGUCCUUGCCAUGGCUCCCACUAUGAUGCUUCAGGAAGAAUAAGAAAGGGACCUGCUCCUCUUAACCUGGAGGUUCCCUACUAUGAAUUCCACGAUGACAUUGUCAUUGUGGGAUAAAUACGAGGGACUCUGUCUCAGUUCCUCUCUGUAAUAUGUAUUUUUAGAUGGCUCUGUGUGAGAGUAGCGGGUGACAUAAAAUAUGUAUAUCUACUAAUAAAGACACAUUUCCAACUGUA